GAGCAUUCCAGAGAAGAAAGAAUGACCCUUUGCCUCUUCUAUUUGUGUGUCUUUUGGGAUGACCCUUGAAGAGAGGAGAAGAGCAUGUUGAAGAGUCAUCGUUGUGUUUCCAAAAGAAUUCUAGUAACCUUUGAUAUCGAUGGAACUUUGUUGAAAGGAGGUAAAAAUGCCAACACUGGACAUAAACGUUCUAUAGAGUGGGCAGUGUCUCAAGUAUGGGGUAUACAAACCAGUGUCGAAGGAGUGAAACACGGUGGUCUCACUGACCCCAUUAUUAUACAAAAUAUGUUACUUCAGUGUGGCAAAACGGAACAAGAAAUAUGGCAAAAGAUGAAUCUCGCAGUACAAUUAGCUACUGAACAUUUUGAGAAAACCUAUUCCGAUAGUGAAACGGUUACUGUGUUGCCAGGAGUACGGACACUAUUGGAGUCGUUGAAACAACGUGGUGUUUAUUUGGCUGUAGUUUCUGGUAACUUGGAAACGAUUGGAUGGAAAAAAAUAGAAAGGGCACAGUUGAAACCUUUUUUUAUGACGGGUGCUUUUGGAAGCGAUCAUAUUUGUAGAGGAGAGUUGAUAUUGUUAGCAAAACAGAGAAUCAUGCAGCAAUGUGGAUCAACUGGUGAUGAAAUACCUUGGGAAGUAUAUCAUGUAGGAGAUACAUUGGAGGAUAUGGAAGCUGCACAGUAUGCACAAGUCAAAGGAAUUGGAGUAUUGACUGGAAGUUGUUCACAAGCCCAUAUAUUAUCCAGUGCAGAGCCUUAUUUGAUUAUUCCCGAUUUGAUGAAAGGAGCGGAGUUAUUUAUGGCCCGCCUUGGAUUUGAAUAGGGUUUUGGGAUUUUCUUAGUGUGAUGAUAAUAUGGUUUUAGAGAAGGAGGAGGAUACGAUACCAUCUUUAGAGUUGCGUUACUUACAAUGGCGUUACAUAAAUAUACAGUUUGAGAA